AUGAGUGUUGACGCUAGUAGAAAUGAAUAUCAAGCAACAGCUGCGAAAUAUGCUUCGCAGAUCGAGCAAGUUUACGAGAACUCAAAUCAAGGCAUCGACGAGUCCAAGCUACUUGGAGAAUUGCUAAAGUUCAUCGACAGAAUUCCGGACGAAGAACACCUCUUCUGUGACGCAAACUACAGAUCAGUCGCGGUUUUUUGUCUAACUCUUUUCUCGUUCAGCAAUCAGGGAACAAUCGCGUGGCUCAAGGGCCGGUUUGACCCAGUACUGGCGAGAUGCAAGGACUGCGUGCGCCACUUCACACAGGGAAAAUGCAAAAUGCUGCAACACUUUUCGGUACUACGAAAAGUGCCAUACGAGCAUGUCACCAAAUUCAACAACAUCGUUUCUCUUUGGAGAUCUCAAGCGUUGAUAAUUGUGAUCCAAAGCAUCUCUGCGAACAACAACACGGAGAUCAAUCUAACCAAGGAGAUUGAAGUGGCCAUAUAUGAGUGCUUUUGCAAUCCACAGGUUUUGAGGGUGAAUGAGACCUUAAAAAGUGCAUUUGACGCCGUUUUCAGGUUCUUUCAUCGAUCGCAGCAUCAUAUGCUGAAACAAGUGAUUGAGGAGCCCAUUGAGAAUCACAUUACUGCAGGAGUGAUAUACUGUUGGUUCGAGGGCACAAAGGAAGAAUCUGAGUGGUCUCGAAACUUUCUCGAGAGACUGGCGGAAAAGAACUUCGUUUUCACAGAGGCAAAUUUCACGCAGGAUCUUCUUGAAGAAAUCAACGUGCACUUCCUGUAUUUGCAGAACACCAGUAAUUUUCAUGAGGCCCUGGUCUCUCACUUUUGGCUGAAAUUCGAUCCCAUUUAUUUUCUAUUAAGCCCGUCUUUGAUUCAGAAAUACCUUGUUGUACCUCCCAAUUUAGACUCGCUGGUUCAGUCCAUUCGGCACCCAAUCGUGUCAGUUUACAAACUUUGGUACAAUCACUUAGCACACAACUUCCGGGAGAAACCAAUAGCGGUACUUCUUAGAACACUGAGAGUUUUUCUAGAGAAAGAGGGGCACUCAUUAUGGAAUUUGAUCGAGCCUUUCACUUUUCACAGUAUCCUCGAUUUGAUACUCGAAAAAAAUAUGCUGUCCAUUGCAAUCAUCAAAAUCCAGAACAAUCCCCUAGCCUCUCAAAAGUUCGAUGCUCUUCUUCUUGAGGUACCCUCGCUGACUGACCUGGUUUCAUGGACUUUGCCCUUUUUCCAUUCGUUGUCUGCCCCAAAAAGAAUUCAGAUGGUGAAGAAAGUUUCAACAGCUUUCAUUCGUAUCAUCUCAAAUCAUCCCAGUUUGCAAGCUAUUCCCAAAGCAUGCCUUAUCAACUCGUCCACAGCCUUACUGAGUGCGGUUUUAGCAGUGACGGACGAGGAAAGAUCGAUGUUAUAUUCAGAUGAACGUUUUGAAACUACACUUUUCACAAAGCUCGAUUCUCGCGCUUUGCUGAACAACGAGAUGGUUCUUACCAUAGUGUUACAAUCUGCCACUAAUGUGCAGGCUUUUCUGGGUUCAGAUCAGCCGAUUAAUUCAGUAUCAUACUCAGCUACAAAAGUUUUGGCUCACUGUAUUGAUUACGAUAUCCUGCUACUAUGCCAAGCUUCUUAUCGCAUAUAUCGUGGAGAAAAGGCUAACGAUGUUAAGGUCAGCACAACGCUUCUCUCGAAAAUUGUUCAGCAUCUUAACUUGGGGAGAAGUAAAGAGCCCGCACAGCUAGCUGCAUUUUUGCUUUCUUCCAUGCGCAACGUGAAUGGCCUGCUGAGGCCGAAAACUUCAGAUCCUUCAGCAACGCAGCAUAACGUUUGUGUCAGGCUGUACUUCGACUUGCUUAAGGGUCUUUUGGUGAAAUUAACAGACAUUUCGCCUUCACAAUUGAUCAAAGUUCUCACAGACGAAGGUGGCUCCAGGGGCUUCUGGUCUUGUGUCUUCACAUCGGACAUGGAGAUCUAUCAGACAGCAACUAACACACUUUAUGAAGCAUUCGAUGUUGAAGGCCGCUUGGAGGGGAUACAAGAAAUGCUGAAACGCAGUCUUGACUAUAGUUUAGAAUCAAUCAUACUGGUUUUGGCACAGUUAACCAAGCACCAAUUUUUUGAGCCCUGCCCUAGAGCCAUAAGAGUUCUGAUGGAUAUCAUAAACGUUUUCACGGAUCCACUCAAUGGAACAUUAGCUAAUUACGGGGCCAUUAAGAAUGAGAAGACAGGAAAGAUUCUGGAAAAGUUCUGGUGCUUGUCCUGGGACUUUUUGAAUAUGAUCUACUGCGCAACUCUGAAGUGGGCAUCCAAAUAUCCCUAUUCAGAGCUCGAAAAUUUUACGAAAGAUACCCUCGAUACAAGUCUUUCCUUGUUGGAAGCAUAUCGAGAUUUUUCAGGAGCGCUCGCUUUAAACAAUGAUGAAAAGCAGUCCGAAGUACUUCUCAACCACGUUUUGAAGACAUUCCAGGAUAUGCUAUAUUGGCUGCGCCUUAGUGACGAAUACCUUUUGGCAUCUUGUGUCAAACUCAUUGUGAAGGCAGCGGACCUAGCCAUCGAAAAAGGAUUGAAGUUUGAUGAUGUACUGGUUACGUCUAUGAUAAAGUAUGCAUUGAAGGCUCGUAAGUUUUCAAAUAAGCUGACCCCACAGCAGUCCUCUGAGCUAAUUUCAAGAGCCAAAGAGUUUAACGAGCGGCUAGUCGAUGAGGUCAGUGCAGAAGUCGAAUCAUACCAGAAAGAGAAGGAAAGAGCGAAGUUGAACGCUAGCAAUGCCACUGCGGGAGGCGUUCCCAUCCCGUCGGGCAACAAGCCCCAGACCUCUUAUCAACCACCCACGGAAUCCAAGGUCGAUUUUUUGCAGAGAAAGGCUAUGUCAUCGUCUUUGAUGGGCAGGCCCAAAAAUCAAGCAAAAAUCACAUCGUUUGGUACUCUCAAGCCAGGGGUUGUUCCUAAAGCUCAGGAACAGGUGAAAGGACCGCCUUCUAAGCUAGAACUAGCCAGGAGACAGCUUUUGGCCGGUCGAAAAGUCCACCCUCCGAGCUCAAGUGUCUUUAAUUCUAGGAAGCCUCAGCCUCAACAUGCUGCUAAAGACGAAAGUAGCGACGAAAGCGAUAAUGAUCUGGAAGAUGCCAAAGAGCUGUUUUCUUUGUCCAAAGGUAAGGAGCGCCGUACCCCAAUUGUACUGGAUAUAAAUGGUCAGCCAAUCAAAAAAGUGGACGGUGCUAAGCAAAAGAAACAGGAAGAAGAGAACAUGAGGAAGCGGCUGAAUGUUGACCUAAAUCCAUUUUACGAGAAAAUUCUAAAAUGGGAUUAUACUCGUUCGGGUGAAUACCCGUCUGGAUCGCAAGCUGACACCUAUAAGGAUGUCAAAGACACCUUCAGCUCUUCGGAAGAGUAUCAAAAAAUCAUGCAACCUCUUUUACUGCUUGAAUGCUGGCAAGGGCUCUGUGCAGCGAGAGACCGCGAGGAAAAUAAACCUUUCAGCCUUGUUAUUGGAAACCGUACUGCUGUGUCAAGCUUUUAUGAAGUUUAUGCUUCGGUCAGUAAAAAGAUGAUUGUGGACGCAGGUAUCACUGAAUCAGAUUUGUUGGUAUUAUCUCACUUUUCUAACGUCAGGAAUCUGAGCGAAGUUCGAUCUGAAGAUUUCAAAAAGUCAGAAAACACUUGCCUUGCCAAAGUAUGGGGUAUGAAAAACAACAAGGGCGACAGUAUGGAUAUCACCAUGAGAAUUGACAGAAGUACUCACUUCAGCAGAUUUCUCACGUUGCGUACUGAGAUUUUUGCCACUAAGGUGAUGCAAAUGACUACUGUCGAGAGAGAAUACACCUCUUUGGUUGGAUUACCAUUUUACGAUCUGGCCCGACAAAUCACAACUGGAAAUUCGACUGUUAAUCCUCGCGUAGAAAAAGCAGAAAUCGAGGAAGUUAAAUCAAGGUACAGUCUGAAUAACUCACAAGCAGAGGCUAUAGUGGGAACUGUCUCUUGUGAAGGGUUCUCUUUAAUUCAGGGUCCCCCGGGCACAGGUAAAACCAAAACAAUUUUGGGCAUUAUUGGAUUCUUUUUGAGUACUCAAAGAAGCUUACCCGCGGGUGUCAUUAAACAGCCGGUGGACACUGUGGGAGCUGGAACUUCGACCGAACAGCUUCUGCAGAAACAGAAGGUGCUGAUAUGUGCUCCUAGUAAUGCAGCUGUGGAUGAACUCGUUUUAAGACUGAAAGGCGGUGUCUAUGAUAAAAGUGGCAAACUAUUCAAUCCUAAGCUAGUCCGUAUUGGAAGGCCCGACGCAGUAAAUGCAGUGAUAAGGGAGCUGACUUUGGAGGAACAGGUUGACAAAAAACUUGGUAAUAAGAGCUAUGAGUUUUCGCAUGACCCCACUCUAGAACAAAAUUUACAAAAAGCACUCGGCGAGCGCCGCCAACUGCGCCAGAAGUUAGAUCCAGAAGACAAAUCAGUAACGAGUGAUUUGUCAACAGACGACAUCACAAAGAUACAAUUAAGAAUUCGAGAGCUGAGUCGAAAGGUCAAUGAGCUCGGAAAGCAAAAGGACGAUAUUAGAGAACGAAACUCAGUCAAUUAUAGAAACAAGGAGGUGGACAGACGAAAAGCGCAGUCUCGAAUUUUGGCAGAAAGUGACAUCAUCUGUUCGACCUUAUCUGGUUCGGCACACGACAUCUUGGCUUCUCUCGGCGUGAAGUUCGACACGGUUAUCAUUGACGAAGCUUGCCAGUGUACUGAACUUUCAACCAUUACACCUUUACGUUAUGGAGCAAGAAGGUGUAUCAUGGUAGGUGAUCCCAAUCAAUUACCGCCUACCGUCUUAUCUGGAGCCGCUAGCAACUUCAAGUACAAUCAGUCUCUUUUUGUUCGAAUGGAGAAAAAAUGCUCUCCCUAUUUGCUGAACGUACAGUACAGAAUGCAUCCGGCCAUUAGCAAGUUUCCAUCAUCAGAAUUCUAUAACGGGAAGCUCAGCGACGGGCCGGGGAUGGACACGAUAAACCUGCGUCCAUGGCAUCAACGUAGUCCUUUAGGACCGUACAAAUUUUUCGAUAUUGCUACAGGAAAACAAGAACAAAACAAGAAGUCCAUGUCUUUCGUAAACCCAGAGGAAUGCAGGGUCGCCGUGGAACUUGUUGAAAACCUUUUGAAUCAUUUUGAGAACUCAUACAAUUUUACGGGUAAGAUCGGUAUUAUAUCACCCUAUCGCGAACAAAUGCUUAUGCUCAGGAGGGAGUUCAGACGAUACUUUGGCGCUCCAGUCUCAAAUUAUGUUGAUUUCAAUACAAUCGACGGGUUUCAAGGGCAAGAAAAAGAGAUCAUCAUCAUUUCCUGCGUUAGAGCUGACGAUACGAAGUCUGGUGUUGGUUUUUUGAAAGACUUUCGACGCAUGAACGUUGCUUUAACAAGAGCGAAGACUACAAUGUGGAUUUUAGGUCAUCACAGCUCACUUUUCAAAAACCAGCUUUGGAGAAAUUUGAUUACGGAUGCUAAAGACAGAAACUGCUUAGAGUUAGCGUGCUCGGGGUUUUUAAACCCUAAGAACGUGCGCGCUGCAUCAGUUCUCAAACAGUUUGCAACUUCUCAUGACCACAUAUCCGGAGAUGACUAUGAUCCAUCCACAGCUGUAGUCAAACAGAAAAACCCGGUUCAAAAGUACCGCCAUGAAAUCGGAGAACCAAAUUCAGAACGUGAAAAGUCUCGUGUUGAUCCAAGGUCGAAAGGCUAUCCUCAAGAUGCCAGCAAAAUAAAAAAAGCAGGCAAAGAGCAUGCUCCCAAUCCGCCGCGGCAGGAGAAAAGUAAGAAAGACCGUCUCGGUACUAAGGAAGUUACCAAUCACGGCCUCAGUGGUAAGAAAAAGAAGUCAUCUAUAUUUGGCGGACCAUCGCUUGGCUCUGAAAUUCCCGUAAAGGUCAGCACCACAUCACUAAUCCAUAACAAACAGGCGCCCAGAUCGGAGGAAAUCAAAUCAGAAGGCGCCAAGCUCAAGUCAAAUGCUUUACCCAAAGGCUUGAAGCGUGUACGUUUUGAUGAUUCGCCAACGGUGAUCGGUGAUAAAAAAAUGAAAGUGGAUGAUUCCACACCACCAGUUGUUGGCGAUGGUCAUGAAAUCUCUUCCGCUAAUAAAAAAUCGACAGUUAAUGUCGAAGGGGGAUUUAAGAGUAAGGCCAUCGAAGGCAUUUCAAAAGCUAAGAUGGCAAAAACCAGUUCGGAACCGGACAAUGAUAGCGAUCAGGACGGCUACGAUCCUUCAGUUUCGCCAUCCCUGGACCUUCCACGCAGCGCGCCUGCUGUCGAUCCGAAGCAAGAACAUGCUAAGGCUAGAAAAGAUGGAGGACCCGUACGGAUGCCUAGCGGCAGUAAUCCAUUCAUUCCCAAACGUAAAAAACAUUUCCCCAUGGGAAGAUAG